UAUCUCUCCAGCUCCUUUCAUUGCGCUGACGGUGCGCGCGCGUCAGUCCUCAACAGACCCCAGGUGGCGGCUUCCCCGGCGAGGGCCCAUACUUCGGCAACAUGGACGCCGCAACGGCAAAGCAGAUGGCGGCGCUUACCGCAGCUGGACAGCUCCGGCACGCCAGUACUCGUUCGUUUGCAGGGCCAGGCGGCGGAACAAAUUCGGCAGCAUUUGGCAGCCCCGGUCCAUCAGCCGCGCACGACUUGUCCUCUUCCAGCACCCCCCUUCAGUCGGGUAGCAGUAUGCACGCCAACAACUUCCCGCCAGACGCGGCAGCGGCAGCGCAGCAGAACCCAGCGCUCGCCCGACAGAUCAUGAUGGCCCAGCAGCACAAGCGCUUCCUUAUGACCCUCCACCAAUUCCACAUAAACCGCGGCAAUCCCCUUCCCCCUCAGCUUACCGGCAUUCCAUCGCCUACUUUCAACCCCCAGACAACGAUCUGGAAGCAAGUGGAGCUAUGUCCCACCGAGCACGGCGCGUUCCGAGUUGCGGGCAAGGACGUUCCCCUCCUCCGCCUUUGGCAGAUCAUCUCACAAGCAGGCGGUUUCAACCAUGUCAGCGCGCAGAAUUUAUGGCCCCGCGUCAUCCAAGUGUUUGACAUUCCUCCGGAAAUGCCUGGCACCAGAGAGUCCGCUGCCAUGGUCCUCAAGUCGUACUACAACGGGAUCCUCGCCCCGUUUGAGGAAUUGCAUCGUAACAACAAGAACGCGCAGCAGCAACUAGCCCAAGCUGUCCAGCCCGCCGUUCCCGACCCCAUGGGGGCGAUCGGGGGCGCGCAGGUACCGAACAGCUUCCCCGAUGCCGCCAUGUCGCCGUCCGCUUCUCGAGGCCGUGCAAAUGCCUCUCUUCCGCCGAGUACCCCUCAAGCCUCUGGACCCGCCCCACUCGACCUGCCAGCGGACACCAUGGUGGACAAUGCCCCCAACGUCGAUUCUGGGUUAAAGAGGAAGUUGGAGUUGGAAGAGGCGGAGAUGAAACGAAGCCGCCAGAAGACAGAACCAACUCCCGAUGCCGCAUCCGCCGUCACCGCAGCCCCGCCAUCUGCGUCUGGCAGCGUACAGGGCAGCCGCGCUCGCGCUCGCCCGAUGCGCAGGAAGAUCGAAUAUGUUCCCUUUGCCCGCGAGGUUGACACCUUUGGCGGACGCGACCUUGCCGCCUUGGAAAAGUAUGCGGAGGAGGCACGACGGCGGCCCAUCCGAGACUUCAACGAUUGGGGCAACAUCGACGUCGAUCACCUCAUCAUGUCUCUGCGCUCGCGAGUCGCGACCGAGCUCUCAUACGCCCUCACCACGCUUUCGAUGCUUUCAGCAAUGCGCAUAUCGGGCCCAAACUCUGGCUUCCAGAUAUCCUUGUGCCCAGACCUACUCGACGAGUUGCUGGAUCUCCUUGAAGACACCGCGUUUGAAGGCGCGAUGGAUACGGACGCGGACACCCUUGACGACGAUACCUUCACCCAUCGGGAACUCAUGAGCCACGUCUACGACGAGGAGGAUCAGCCGUUCGCCGUUCUGAAACCCAAGCAAGCUGGCAAACCGAGCGGACGUGGCCCGCUUCCGCCGCCAUCGCACGCCAUACAAAUCAUUAUGGGCAUCCUCCGCAAUCUCUGCGCGUUCGAGGCGAAUUGCGAGUUCCUGGCCGGCCAAACGCGUUUGUACGACUGCGUCUUGAGACUAUGCUCGUUCAGGCGGGAAGCUGACGGCUCUCCCAACGCCGCGUCGCCUGCGUUGUCGUUGACCAACCUGAUUGCGACGCGGAAAGAGGCGCUGUACAUGUUAUGUAACCUCGCGCCAUAUACGAGGUUCACGAAGAAGGAUCCCGCAAACCCGCCGAAGGUGGCCCUUCGCCGGGCGAAGCAUGUAUUCCAGUUGUUGGCGUCGUUCAUCAUCGACGACACGGAAUCUGUGCCCCCGCUGCAGCAUGCGCAACUGUGGACGAACACCCCGCCGCAGCAUUACCGCCCUUCAGGCCUCACGGAUAUCGCCCUCGAAGCCCUGACAUCCGUCUGUCAGCCCGACAGCAACCGGCAGGUGCUCGCCAAGGCGCUCCCGAAUACGUCGCUCUGGCGAACGUUUACCGCGCUAGUGCACCGUCUACCCGUCGCCGAAGCCGACUUCCAGCUCGUCUCGCGCGACGUGUGGUACGCCUACACCGAGAAGCUGCUCCUCGCGCUCUACUCCCUCGCCUUCUUUGCCCCACCCGCGACAAAGGCGAAGCUCGCGCGCGACCGCUCCCUCGCCGUGCGCGCGGUGCUGAUGCGCGUUGUGCACAAGCUCACGCGCGGCGUCGACGCGCCGGAGAUGCGGCAGUGGUUCACCGCGCCCGUGCGCCGGGCGAUCGAGACGCUGAAGGUGCUGGAGGACGCGGCGGAUCCGUUCGUGGUGGCGGAGGAUACGGCGGCGCCGACGUUGUCGUUCGGGAUGGGCUUUGGGCAGGGUGGGGAGAGUACGGAUGAGGAGGGGCAUGGGCUGCUGGCGGCGUAUCGGGAGCAUGGGCUGGAGGUGCUGCUGGCGAUGCAGGCGCAGGAGAGUGUGCCGUUCAAUGAGCUGGAUAGCUUGAUUCGGGUAGAGGUGUGAUGGACAAGUUCUGUACUACGUAGUAUGUAUUGGCAUUGUAAGAGGGAUUCCCUUUCCAUCUAUGAGGAGUGUGAGAUCCGAGCCCAGCGGCCAUCUACCAAAUGCGAUGGGC